AUGUCAAACAAUACCCCUCAACCACCAAGCAUAAGCACAAGCACAAGCACCCAUCAAUCAACCAUUCGAUCAUUUUUCAAGCCAAAACAACCUAUAUAUACUCCACCCCCAGGAACCUCGUCAAUCACAACUACCAAUGAGUAUGAAAAUGGAAAUGGAAAUGCAAGACAAAAAGUACUUCCACCUCAAUCUGCAUCAGGUCCACAAACACCAUUGUCUACCAAUACCCCUCCAUCAAAAUCGGCAACUACCGCAACCCCAGAUUCUAUAGAAUCAUCACAAAAGCUUCCCCAAGGUUAUAAAAUCGAAAUCCCCCAAGACCAUCAUAUACAACCUCUCCGUCGCAUCAAUGCUCUUCUCCUUCCCAUCCCUUACCCCGACUCUUUCUACCACGCUAUCACUUCUCCCCCAUCCUCUUCCACCCCAAUAUCUAUCUCUUUCUCCCGAGUAGUUACACACACAUCCUUCGAUACCACCUCGGAAUCAAAAGUAAUCGGAUCCCUCAUCUGCCGCAUCGACCCAUCUCCCCCAUCUUCUGCAAACGCUUCACCCCCCGCAAAUACAUACAGCAUCUACCUACAAUCCCUCACACUACUCUCACCCUACCGCACCUUGGGUCUCGCAACCGCUCUUCUAAAUUCCGUUAUCGAAACCGCUACAUCCACUCGCAUACCGGUUGGUAUUAAAAUCGAAGGACUAUAUGCACAUGUAUGGGUCGACAAUCACGAAGCGGUAGAAUGGUACACCAAACGGGGAUUUGAAAAGGGGGAAUUAGUCGAGGGAUAUUAUAGGAGAUUGCGACCACAAGGAGCCUGGGUUUUUCGACGGAGAUUUUCGGUACAGGAUCAUAUUUUUAAACAACCACACACAAAUCUUAGUCCAAUCACAAACGCAAUCUCAAAUGCGAAAUCAACACUCCCUCCUCCUACUUCAGCAGGAACAGUAAGACCACUCCACCCCAAACACACAGCUUCAUUUCAAGAUCGUCGUCCAAACAGCGAAUGGAAUGAUUUACCCGAAGAAGUUUUAAAACGACCCCGAGCAUCCGCAUCAGCAUCAGAAGAACAGAGUAAAGAAAGUUCGAGGAGUAGUAGUCGCAGUGGAGUUUCAGUUUCUGUUUCUGGUGGUGAGGGAAAGAGUGGUGGGAAGAAAAAGAGAAGUUAUCCUGCUGCUGCUUUUGGGGGGGUUUGA